UGAUCUUCCGAGUUCUCAGUUCUGUGCUGCUGCUGAAGAUGGAGAGGUCAACCAGAACAACUGCAGUGAAAAAUGGCUACAGCAAAGCAGCCAAUGGCAAGCCCCCAGCAGCCUCAGAGGAGAAGGUAUCCUACAUGAGCGCAUACCCGGGCCUUAUGGUGUCGCCUCUUCUGCUCCUCUGCCCCAUAUUCGGAGUUCUUUUUGUGUAUAUCAUAGUCGAGCUGGAUGGAGGGCUCCAGCAGCUGCUAAACCAAAGUGGAGCCCUCCACAAAAUAAUUGCAGACCAUAUCCUCGGCUCAAAGACAUCAUGGGCCAUCAUAGGCUCAUUUGCUGCUUUCCAAUUAGUUUUGAUGCGAGUCCUACCAGGAAAGAUAGUGGAUGGGCCACUAACACCAAAAGGGAACACACCAAAAUACAAAGCCAACGGAAUGCUAGCGUUCAUUGUCACACUACUGGUAUUUUGCAGUCUGGCCUUCACAGGCCUAAUCAAUCCAGCCAUAGUCUAUGAUAACUUCAUAGACAUAAUUGGUGGUUUGACACUAUUCAGCAUAGUAUUUGUGCUAAUUCUGUACAUCAAGGGAUCCAUUGCUCCCUCUUCAACAGACAACAGUGUCAGUGGGAACUUCAUGUUUGACUAUUUCUGGGGGACUGAGCUCUAUCCUCGUAUUCUUGGCUGGGAUGUAAAGAUGUUCACGAACUGUCGGUUUGGAUUGAUGGGAUGGGCUGUCCUAAUCCUCUGCUAUGCAUUCAAGCAAUACAGUGUCUACGGGUUUGUGAGUGACAGCAUGAUUGUAUCAGUUGGUAUACAACUAGUGUAUAUUGCCAAGUUUUUUCAGUGGGAGAUGGGAUACAUGAAAUCACUGGACAUCAUGCAUGAUCGAGCUGGAUUCUAUAUUUGUUGGGGAUGUCUUGUUUGGGUUCCUUCAGUAUACACUUCACAGUCUCUCUAUCUCGUUAAGCAUCCUAACGAACUGGGGCUCCCCCUUGCCUCCCUCAUCCUAAUAGCUGGUAUCCUAUCAGUCCUCAUCAACUAUCAGGCCGACUAUCAACGCGAGCUAACAAGAAACACAAACGGGAACUGCCUCAUUUGGGGCCAGCGACCGAAACUAAUACAAGCCACUUAUCAGACAAAAACAGGCGAAACUAAAAAGAGCUUGCUGCUAUUAUCCGGCUGGUGGGGAGUAGCACGCCAUUUUCAUUACCUACCUGAGCUUGGAACUGCUUUCCUGUGGAGCGUACCAGCUCUUUUUGAUAAUCCUUUGCCUUAUUUCUAUUUUGUUUUUCUCACCAUAUUGCUAGUACACAGGUCAAUGCGUGAUGAUGAGAGAUGCAAGGAGAAGUAUGGAGACUAUUGGAGUGCCUACUGUAAGGAAGUGCCUUAUAAGAUAAUACCAUAUGUCUUCUAGAGGGAGUGUAGGAGGAGGGUAGAUAGUACUAGUGAAUUAUUUAAACUUUUAGUUUUUAAAGUUCAAGUUAGCUUUUCACUAUAGUUAUCGUUAAUAUGCUAUUAAUUUAUUAUUAUUAUUAUUAUUAUUAUUAUUAUUAUUAUUAUUAUUAUUGCUAUUAUUUAUUAAUGUUGUUGUAAUUAAUAUUGUUUAUUUUACUAAUAAUGUAUUUCUUAGAAUUAAGAAUUUUAACACUCAA